GAGAAAGAGAGAGAGAGAGAAAGAGAGAGAGAGAGAGUUCAGCUAGGGCGCGGUGCUCCUACAGACCAAUUGACCGUUCACUCGACUACACGGACUUUCUCAGUCACGUCAGAGAUGAAUAACUUUAUAUUGAUUUUGCAAUUUCUGCCUUUUCUAUUUGGACCAGCACUGUGCUCAGAAGAUGAGACAAGAUUAGUAAAGACUCUGUUUACUGGAUAUAACAAGGUUGUUCGUCCUGUUAGCCAUUUUAAGGAUCCAGUAGUGGUUACUGUGGGACUACAACUCAUUCAGCUUAUUAGCGUGGAUGAAGUUAAUCAGAUUGUCACCAGCAAUGUACGGCUAAAGCAGCAAUGGAAGGAUGUGAAUCUGCAGUGGAAUCCUGAUGACUACGGUGGCAUCAGGAAGAUCAGAAUUCCCUCCACUGACAUCUGGAAACCGGAUUUAGUCCUUUAUAACAAUGCUGAUGGAGACUUUGCCAUCGUCCAUGAAACAAAAGUCUUGUUGGAGCACACGGGUAUGAUAACAUGGACUCCCCCAGCAAUCUUUAAGAGCUACUGUGAGAUUGUGGUCCUUCACUUUCCCUUCGACCUGCAAAACUGCAGUAUGAAACUUGGAACGUGGACUUAUGAUGGCAACCUUGUCAUUAUCAACCCAGACAAUGACAGACCGGACCUAAGUAAUUUCAUGGAGAGCGGAGAGUGGGUGAUGAAGGAUUACAGGAACUGGAAACACUGGGUGUAUUACGCUUGCUGUCCAGAUACACCUUACCUUGAUAUAACUUAUCACUUCCUCUUGCUCCGCCUCCCACUUUAUUUCAUCGUGAACGUCAUCAUCCCGUGCAUGCUGUUCUCCUUCCUCACUGGGCUUGUGUUCUACCUCCCUACAGACUCUGGUGAGAAGAUGACACUCAGCAUCUCUGUCCUGCUCUCUCUGACUGUGUUCUUGCUGGUGAUUGUUGAGUUGAUCCCCUCCACCUCCAGUGCUGUUCCACUCAUUGGCAAAUACAUGCUCUUCACCAUGAUCUUUGUCAUUGCCUCCAUCAUCAUCACUGUGAUUGUCAUCAACACACACCACCGCUCCCCCAGCACACACACUAUGCCUGCUUGGGUCCGCAAGAUCUUCAUAGACACCAUUCCAAACCUGAUGUUUUUCUCCACUAUGAAACGACCAUCCCAGGAACGACAGGAAAAGCGUCUCUUUCCUGCAGAUUUUGACAUCUCUGACAUUUCAGGGAAACCCAUGCCUGCCUCUGUCACUUACCACUCUCCCAUAACCAAAAAUCCUGAUGUACGUAGUGCCAUCGAGGGUGUUAAAUACAUUGCAGACACCAUGAAAAGCGACGAGGAGUCCAACAAUGCUGCAGAGGAAUGGAAAUUUGUCGCUAUGGUCCUGGAUCACAUUCUUCUAUGUGUGUUUAUGGCGGUGUGUAUUAUUGGCACACUAGGAGUGUUUGCCGGACGCCUGAUCGAGCUCAGCAUGCUGUGAGAGCCCAAAGGCCCAAAUGAAGCCAGGGACUGGAGUGCAUUUACUCUCUGCUGAGAUGUAGCAUAGGGGAUGCCUGAUCAGACCAGAUGUUAAAGGGGUCAAAUGAUGUUGCUAAAAAGAACUUUAUUUGGUGUAUUUGGUGUAAUGCAAUGUGUUUAUGUGGUUUAAGGUUCAAAGAACACAUUAUUCUCCACAUACUGUACGUUAUUGUUUCUCCUCUAUGACCUGUCUUUCUGAAACACGUCGAUUUUGACAAAGCUCACCGUUCUGAAAAGUGAGGCGUGCUCUGAUUGGCCAGCUAUCCAGUGCAUUGUGAUUGGUCGAAUGCCUCAAGCGUGUGAUGGAAAUGUUAUGCCUCUUAACACUGUGAUGCAAGGUGCGAUGGGACAUAAUUACUGAUUAUAAUGACUUAUGCUGUCUUUUUAUGCGUUGCAUGUCAUAUCGCAAAGGGUAAUGAAACCAUGUCUGCAUUUGUGAUCGGAGAAAUGACAAACAACAUGCACUACUCUACACUGCUCAAAACUCAAACAUCAGUGGCAAAUCUUUUAUAUAUGAAAACGUACUUACAGACUGUGUGAAAGAAGCACCAGACUGUCCUUGCAAAGUUGGAAUUGCCCCACAUUAUAGAAACAGACACCGACAUUGUAGGCUCCUUUCACAGGAAACAGUCCUUGUCCUCCGCAAAAUGUGCUGCAUACAUUUGAAUAUUUGGGUCGAACUGUUCUGGAACAGUGUUGUAAAAACAACUUAACCACUGAUUUCUAGCUGUGUCCUCUUUUGGAAGGUCAGACAAAGUUGUUUCACUUUCAAAACAAAACACACAGUAUCUCCACAACAUUGCACCAGCAGCAACAGCGAGAAUGAAAGUUAAGACUUCUUUCUUUGCAAGAACAUUUGGGCGGUGUUAUGCAAAUCUUUCCACGCUGCGACGUAGAGAUGUGGGGGCGUUAGUAUGAGGCAUUUUUAUGAUGCCGUGGUUGACUCUUCACUUUGAUAAAAGAAUAUCUCUUUGGAUUUGAGACCUUAGUCUUUGCAACUUUACAUAUCUUCUUAAUGCACCAAGAGCUUGUAAAACUCCAAAGAUAAAGGAAAAAUUGAAAUAGCAUCAUAUGACCCCUUUAAUGGAACAGUGAGCUUAGUCAACAACUGGAAAAUAAGACGCACACACUGUUUUUUUUUUCUUUUCAUUUAAAGCAUUUGUGUUAACAGGUUACUUGCUCCUAGAAUGUCUGUAUAUAUAUAUAUACACAGCUUGUCAGAAUUAAGCAUGGUAACAGAGAAAUAUGAGAAUGCCAUUUAUUUUACAGCAUAUUAUUUUUUUCAGUUGAUUGUAUAUGUUAGAUUUGUUUUUAUUUUUCUUGGUCUGUGUUUUCCAUGGUAACCAAUGUACUUGAAUCACUUGAUAUUUAAAGAGAAAAUAAUUAAACUGCAUUUGAUUAGCUCAUUAAUAAAAUAACUAAACCUAAAUAGCAGACAAAUGGUUGAAGCUGAUCAUGAUGCUGUUGUUACAUUUGCCUGAAGGUAUAUACAACUGUGCAUUUGGGCAAAUAUAUUAUACAUGUAUUAUUUAAUGGUUAAAUUAAAGUUUAGUUUUAGUUUUUGAUUAAGCAUAUAGGCCUGAUUGAAAAUUUGAACAUUUGUCUUGUAAUGCAUAAUAAACUACUGGUAAAAUCA